AUGAACGACGUAUUACGUGACUCGCCCUUUGGGCAGGUAGUCCGCUUUCUCAGCAAGAACAAAUACUUGCAAUAUGCCGAAGAACGAGGUGGAUUCCAAAACCCCUAUUACGGCUCGCAAGCUUUGCAAAAGGAAAGCCAUAGUGAAGUGCAGAGAAUAGAAAGUCGUCCUAUUAAACCAACAACUACGAGCGAUGGGACAAUAUUAGUUGAUUGGUACACUACCGAUGAUCCUGAAAACCCCCAAAACUGGAGUGCGCUUCGAAAAGGUUUUGUAUCUUUCCAAAUAUGCAUCUAUUCUUUUGCUGUCUACUUUGGAUCUUCCAUCUAUAUCGGUGCUGUGCCCGAGGUGGUAGAAAGAUACGGUAUCAGCGUCGAGGUUUCUUCUUUGGCUCUCGCUUUAUACGUUUUUGGAUAUGGCUUUGGUGCCAUGAUAUUUUCUCCAUUAAGCGAAAUCGCCGCAAUAGGCAGAAACCCUCCAUACAUUAUAACGCUCUUCAUAUAUACCAUACUCUGGGUCCCAGCAUCCCUUGUGGAUAAUUUCGCUGGAUUCGUCGUUCUGCGCUUCUUGACAGGGUUUUUCGGUGCGCCAUGUCUUGCGACUGGAGGUGCUUCAUUUGCUGAUGUUUAUCCACUUCUUCAUGUGCCUUACUUAUUGGUCAUUUGGGGCGGAGCCACUGUAUUUGGUCCUGCUAUCGCGCCGGUAAUCUCUAACUUCAGUGCCCCUGCAGAGGGCUGGCAUUGGGUAUCUUGGGAGAUGCUGUGGCUCAGUGCACCCAUCCUCUUUGGCUUCUUCUUCUUCCUCCCCGAAACCUCAUCGGCCACGAUCCUUUACUACAGAGCACGAAGAUUGCGGAGAAUAACCGGCAAUGAUCGAUACCGUUCACAAUCAGAAAUCGAUCAAACAAAGCGGCAGAUGACGAUGAAGGAUAUUUUAUAUAAUGCCAUCAUCAAGCCAGUUGAGAUUAACGCUCUUGAUCCUUCGGUGCUCUUCUCCACCAUCUAUACCAGCCUUGUCUACGCCAUCUUCUACUCCUUCUUCGAAGCUUUCCCUCUUGUUUUUUCAGGCGUUUAUGAUUUCAGAUUCACGCUCUCUGGGCUGCCGUUUUUGGGAGUUUUUCCAGGCUUGUUCGUGGCUGCUACCCUGUGUGUGGUUUCGUGGCAUUUGCAAGUGGUCAAGCCUUUUAGAACUGAAGGCUUUAAGGCAUUCGGAACUCCAGAACAUCGGUUAAUUCCAGCGCUGUUUGCAUGUUUCUGGCUUCCCGUCGGCUUAUUUCUUUUUGCAUGGACAUCCCGGCCGAGUGUUCACUGGAUGGCACCUAUCAUAGGGCUGUCGCUAUCCAUUGUUGGCACAUUCACGAUUAUUGUCUGUAUGCUACAAUAUGUAGCUUUCACUUACCCAAAAUAUUCGGCGUCGCUAUUCGCCGCAAACGACUUUGCUCGCUCGACUCUGGCGGCGGGUGCAAUUAUGUUCUCGCGGCCAAUGUUUCUACGCCUUGGAAUCCACUGGGGCGUUUCUUUACUUGCAUUUUUGGACAUUGUUUGUUGCAUUUUGUUGUUUGGGCUCUGGAAAUUUGGGCCGAGCUUGCGCGCUCGUAGCCGCUUCGCUGAGGCCUAA